GGCAGCUGGAAAAGAGGUAACUAGAGGCCGGACCACUGGCGGCGGCUCCUGCAGCAGCUCUGAGCCCUUUCCCUGCACACCGCGCGGUGCGCUGGGCGCCAGGCAGCGGCUCCGUCUCACCCUCGGCUCGUCCUUCCAGUCCCCUGGAGAAUGGAGGCGCAGCAGGCACAAGGUCUAUUGGAAACACAGCCGUUGCACGAGACGGAUGAAGAAACGGUUGUUGAUGUUGAUUUCACCAGCAUUAUUUCUGAAGAAGAGAAAGAAGAGUUAAAGAUUGAGUUAGCCAAGCUAGAAGAUGAAAUUUCAACUUUACGGCAAGUGUUAGUAGCCAAAGAGAAGCACCUGGCAGAACUAAAACAAAAGCUUGGUAUCAGCCUGAUGAAUGAGCUGAAACAGAAUUUUAGCAAAAGCUGGCACGACAUGCAGACUACUUCUGCUUAUAAGAAAACACAUGAAACUCUGAGCCAUGCAGGACAGAAGGCAACAGCAGCUAUCAGCAAUGUAGGAACAGCCAUCAGCAAGAGAUUUGGAGAUAUGAGAUCACAUUCGAUUGGUUACUCUAUUCGCCAUUCCAUAAGUAUGCCUGCUAUGAGGAAUUCUCCAACUUUCAAAUCAUUUGAGGAGAAGGUUGAGACCACUGUCACAAGCCUGAAGACAAAGGUUGGAGGGACAAACCACAGCGGAGGGAGUUUUGAAGAUGUUCUUAGUUCUGCUGCCCAUGCCAGUGCUCAGAGCUCUAUCGCAAGCCCCCAACUUCCUGAGAACAAGGAGGAGCUUCAGUGUUAGACCGUGGCGCCUACUGGACAUCUGUAUCCUACCUGGUGAGACUUAUCCCAGUCUUUUCUGUGCUUCCCUUCCACAUCCCCAGUCUUUUCUAUGCUUCCCUUCCACAUCCAGCUUGACACACAAGUCUUUGUAACCUCUAGAAAAUGGCCUCACGCAUGUUAUCUUAUUCUUCCCAGUGUAUUUGUAUUUUUACUAGGCCACUUUACCAGUACACAUUUUUGUACGCCAUAGAAAUUGCACAUGCCUCAUCAUCAGUUCUUAAUAUUCCAAUUUCUAUAAAUGUGAGUAACCAAAGAGUUCUUGCUUUAUGGUAUUUUCCGUCUCUCUCCUAAGCUCUGGUCCGGUUGUUAGUUCUUCAUUUGUUGUUUAUUUAAAGGACUGAACAUGCAUUUGUUUUUAGUAUGCUUGUUUCUGUUGGUUAUGUAACCCCUCUGAGUGCCACAGCAGACAGAUGGGUCCAGGACUCUGCAAGGAUUUCUGUUGCCAGCAAUAGCCCAUACACCAGCUGUCCAAGCAAAUUAUACUAGUGCCCUUUACUCAGAAGCAUAGAGAUGGUCUGAGCUGCUUAAGGAGUCAAACAGAAUCAUCUGUUACACUGAAGUUUCUAUUCCUUUUUCACUUCCACAGUGUCUUUGAAUUUCCUCUCCUAAAGAGGAACCCAAUUAUUCAGAUGCAUACUAAGUUGAUCGGUUACUGUGCCACAGCAGGAAAUACUACUGUGGAAAAAUGUGUUGUUACUUGCUGUUUGAUAAGACUUGAUUCUGGGAACCAAUUAUAGUAUUACAAAUAAAAAUUAACUGUUUGCCUCUAUACCAUCUGCUUAGACUGUAAGAUAAAUGCCUGAAUAAUGUGAGCCUCAUCAAAGUUAGAGCCGUGAGAGAGGCUAUGUACAACUUAAUAAAGAUGUGCCGUAGGCUAGAGAGCCCAGGCCUUUAAUCUACACUCCAAAGCUGGUACUCAGUAUAAACCUUACAGUUUAUGGUACACUGGAAGAGUAUGAGCUUCAGACUGGACCUAACUGUCCUGCUUUAGUGCACUUCAGGGCAUGAUUCAGUCAGUUGAAUGUUUAACUGCUUUAUCUCCAAGAGGACAGAAUCAUCUUUUGGCUUAGAUACAGCAUGAUGGUUCCAUUAUUUUAUAUCAUUUUUAAGGAAAAGGAAUCCGUAACGUUUUUUAUAGUAAUGUUGGUCAGCUAGCGGUGGCAGCAAAAGAAAACGUGAUCUAAUCUGCAGCUGGGUUUCCCAGACUGAGAUGAGCACAAACCUAUCAAGUAUGAACAAGAAUGAGGGGUCGGGGUGAAACUUAGCCUGCUUUUACAAUAGGCCUCUUUAAUGUUAUCCUAUUGCAAAGUUACAAAUCAACUUUAGCCAUUCUGUAUCAUAGGCUUUGCUAAAAGCUUGUCAGGGAAAUCCUGUGUCAAAGUGGUUUCGUAGGAGGGUUGGGCGAGGGCUGUUCUGUUUUUUGGGUGUGGUCUGUGUGGAUGGGGUUUUUUUCCUUUAAUUCUCCUGUGACUGGACACAUCUAAAAUGCCUCCUUAAUGUGAUUUUUUUUUUUUUAAAUGUUACCAAGAAAGCAAAUUAGUUUUUCAAAUAGUUUUCUUGUGACAAUUGGUAAGUUUCUCAGCACUGUUGUGCAUAAACAUUCAUUUUAUUUUUAAAACCGUGUAUUCAAAUGAAGUUAGUAAAAUUCUUAUUUAAAAGAGUUUUUAAAAUGAGUAUCUUUUUUUACUCUGCCUUGUGUUCUUAAUUGCAAGGAGCCACUUGUAAUUCAAUCUUGUAAGAUGUUACCAUACCAAAGUUAUAUAGACUGAUGGUUUGGGCCAGCAUAUACUUUUUCUUAUCUUUCUGAACUUAGGUUUAGAAGUAUCAAUG